AUGGUAGUGUUCAGCCCAUCUUUCCAGGAUCAUGUCCUUAUCAGUGAUGAGUGUGACUCUGUCAGCACUGAGAAUGUCAAGGCCAAGAUCCAGGACAAAGAGGGCAUCCCCCCUGACCAGCAGAGGCUCAUCUUUGCAGGCAAGCAGCUGGAGGAUGGCCGCACCCUGUCUGACUACAACAUCCAGAGAGAAUCCACUCUGCACCCGGUCCUGCGUCUCAGAGGUGGCAUGCAGAUCUUUGUCAAGACCCUGACGGGCAAGACCAUCACCCUGGAGGUAGAGCCCAGUGACACCAUUGAGAAUGUCAAUGCCAAGAUCCAGGACAAAGAGAGCAUCCCCCCUGACCAGCAGAGGCUCAUCUUUGCAGGCAAGCAGCUAGAGGAUGGCCGUACCCUGUCUGACUACAACAUCCAGAAAAAAUCCACUCUCCACCUGGUCCUGCGUCUUAGGGGUGGCUGUUAAUUGUUGACUUUAUUAUGCAAGCAUAAAUUGCCAAUACUAGCAUCGUUUCGCACUUAUUAAAGUCUUUGAAGUCUUAAGUUUUGAGAUGACCAGGUUCAGUAACAGCUGAGCCAAAUGCUAAUAAAGGUUUUUGUUACACAUUG